AUGCCCACCACCCACCACAAAAACCUGCUGCCACUCAUCGCCAAGGGCAACGACCACCGGUGCCCGCCCCACCUCGAGAAGACCUCCGGGUCUUCGUCCGCCUUGAAGCCGACGCUCCGGCCAGAAACCACAUCGGCUACGCCAUCCGAGCUCAUCAGCAUUGCCGCGAAUGCCACUGCCCCUUCGACUCGGUCUGCCACCCCGAACACCGCCCACCACCCACCACAAAAACCUGCUACCGCUUAUCGCCAAGGGCAACGACCACCAGUGCCCGCCCCACCUCGAGAAGACCUCCGGGUCUUCGUCCGCCUUGAAGCCGACGCUCCGGCCAGAAACCACAUCGGCUACGCCAUCCGAGCUCAUGUAGCCAGCAAGACGGGCCUUGAGCUCAAUCGAAUCCCGCAAGUCUUCCAAGUGAACACCGGAUGGGCCAUCCGUGCCGCAGACAAACUCACCCGCGAUCUCCUUGUAGAACGCCAAGCUGACUGGGCCAAUGAUCUCGGGGCAACUGCCGUUGAGACGAGCCAAAGAUGGUACACCUAUGCCGUAGACAACUGCCCCCGAAGACUUACCGACCUUUACGGAAACGAACUGAACUACGAUGCUUCAGUCCGUGACGAAAUAAACAACCAGACGGGACUCACGCCGGUCAGCAUCCGAGUCCCUCGCCGCGACAACGAACAGCUUCCCUACAAGACACUCAUCAUCUCCUUCCUUGAGCCGACAAAAAGACUUUGGAGCCUAUUCGGCACCAGCCGAUUAGCCAGACACAUCGAAAGAAACAACCCUCCCAGGCAGUGCGAGAACUGCUGGGACUACCACACACGACAUGCGUGCAACAGACAAACACGAUGCAAACGCUGCGGGAAGACAAACCACGCCAGUGACAGCUGUACUGCCCCCGAGCAGUGUGCCAACUGCCUCGGACCACAUGCCGUGGACCUUGCGGCAUGCCCGGCUCGGCCAAAAAGAGCCCAUGGCCUGCUUCAUCGUCUCCCCAAAGAACAACGAGCAUUAAUCAGACAGAUGGGAUCCCGCCUUUUUCAACAACACCAGGCUGCACAGCAGCGACAGCAGUCUCAGACGGAACCUAGCGGCCAGCCAGCAGCAGAGACCGUCGCAGAACAGCAACGUGCUCCAGUGGCAGUCAUGGAGGUGCCUCAGGAACACGUCAACCCCCAAGCCCUGACCAAUUUCUUCACCUGCACCCUACCAGUUCUACCGUCAUCGUCCCCGAUGCGCCCCAGGGCCGUGGAACUCGGACCGGAAACGGCGCCGAGACGCCCUCUGCCGACAUCACCCAAGCGGCGCCGUGCUAAUACCAACCCCUGGGACAGCAAUGACACGCGGCCGAGGGUCAUGACAUACAUCCGUAAGGACUCGCGCAUUCUCGCAGACCAGAAACGACCGACACUCACCCGAGACAUCCUGUGGCUUACGGUGAACGGCGUCACUAUCGUCAACUUCUAUCGCCAACCGCACUAUGACGUCUCCCUGGACGCCCUGCUGCGGUGGUCGGCGCCAGAAAGGACCCUUGUAGCUGGUGACUUCAAUGCUAAGCAUUACUCCUGGCAAACCGGACGACUGGAGGGUCGUGGAGAGGACAUUGCUACCUGGGCAGCGGAAAACGGCCUGACUCUCUUGAAUACAGCGGACGUGCCAACAAACCCGCAUGGCAACACAAUUGACUUGGCUUUCUCCAACAUUGCUUUGGCAUCCGCGGUUGUAGAAGACCAUCUCGCCACGAGCUCUGACCACUUCACUCUAAGUGUCAUACUUCCUGAUGUUAGCCUGAACCUCCCACAGGUGCCGGGCAAAGUGCGGGUAACGACUGAAGAGGAGCUGAAACGCUUCAAGGAACUCGUUGCCGCCGGAACUUGUCGAAUACCAAUGGACACGGCAACAGCCUCGCAGCUUGACACACUUGCCGCGGCGCUUGUUGACCUCCUCCAGUCGGCUGCCAGAGCUGCCGGUCGCCCCGUGCGGAAAGGAACGCGAAGUGCGCCGUGGUGGUCCGACGAGUGCGCCGAAGCCGCCGCGGGAUACCGCGCCAUACGAAGAAUUCUCCCUUUGGGAUUCAGCCAGGAAGUCCAACUAGCUAGAAGAGAGUUCCAGCGUGUGGUCCGCCGCGCCAAACGGCAGUAUUGGCGCAACCUCAUCGACGGCUUCUCGGAUAGCGCAUCGGUCUACAAGGCAGUCCGGUGGCUCAAAUCACCAGGAGCCUUCCAGCCUCCACCGCUUCAAAUUGGCGACGAUGUAUACGAAACCCAGCUGGAUAAAGCGAAUGCGCUGAGACGCAGCACUCUUGAACGCCGCACGGCAGCGGAUGACAUUACUGACCCCUGGAUCCCGGUCCACCCAAUCCGGAAGAUACCUUUCGCCCAAGAA